GCAGACAAGAAGGAGCUACUUUACCAUGGACAAUUCAAGCUCAUAGUCAGCGGUAGUUUGAUCCAGCCCAAGUGUGAGAGGACUGAGAGUGAAGCCAGGAUGGAAAGCUCAGAGGAAGAGGAGCUCUCUGAAGCACCGGGGGCUUCAACUGGUCCUGAGAUGAGGGAAAAAGACUCUUCUGAAAACUUCAGAGGCAGUUUGAUCCAGCCCGAGUGUGAGAGGACUGAGAGUGAAGCCAGGAUGGAAAGUUCAGAGGACAAGGAUUCCUCUGAUGCACCUUGUAGUGCAUUUGGUCCUGAGAAGAAUAAAAAAGACUCUUCUCGAUAUGACAAGCGGAUCCGUCCAGUCAAGAUAACAGUCUCUAACAUCAGCAGUGAGUCACUGUCUCUGCAGUGGGACACUCCUGCUGAUGAAGUGGAGAGUUUUACUGUGACCUGUUCCACCGAGGGAGAGACUGAUCAACAAGUGACCACAGACACCAUCAGUGUAACACUCAGCAACCUGAAGCCAGCAGUGUGUUACUCCCUCCAUGUUUCUGCACAGCUGAGAGAUGGAAGACAAAGCAGGCCGGCCACGACAACAGCUGAAACAACCAGAGAAGGUUUGAACCAGACCGAGUGUGAGACGACUGAGGGUGAAGCCAGACUGAAACGUUCAGAGAAAAAGGAACUCGCUGAUGCACCCGAGGAUUCACCUACUUCUGAGAUGAGGGGAGAAGACUCUUCUGAAAAUGACAAUGUUUCUUCACCAGACCAAAAAAGCCCUGAAGACAGUCAGGAGCUGAACUCUGACCCCAACAGUUGUGUUCACCCACCAGAAAGUGGAACCCAAAGCAAAGCAGCCUCCAUGUCAGAGUCAGCAGCCAGAGAAGGUUUGAACCAGACCGAGUGUGAGACGACUGAGGGUGAAGCCAGACUGAAACGUUCAGAGAAAAAGGAACUCGCUGAUGCACCCGAGGCUUCACUUGUUUCUGAGAAGAGGGGAGAAGACUCUUCUGAAAAUGACAAUGUUUCUUCACCAGACCAAAAAAGCCCUGAAGACAGUCAGGGUCUGAACUCUGACCCCAACAGUUGUGUUCACCCACCAGAAAGUGGAACCCAAAGCAAAGCAGCCUCCAUGUCAGAGUCAGCAGUCACAGAUAGUUUGAAGCAGACCGAGUGUGAGAGGACUGAGAGUGAAGCCAGAAUAGAAAGUUCCAAGGAAAAGGAACUCGCUGAUGCACCCGAGGCUUCACUUGUUUCUGAGAAGAGGGGAGAAGACUCUUCUGAAAAUGACAGCGUUUCUUCACCAGACCAAAAAAGCCCUGAAGACAGUCAGGGGCUGAACUCUGACCCCAACAGUUGUGUUGACCCACCAGAAAGCGGAACCAAAAGCAAAGCAGCCUCCAUGUCAGAGUCAGCAGAGACCCACCUGGAGAGCUUUCUGGAGGAUCUGGGAUUGGAGCAGUUCUACACACAGAAACUAUCACUCAGUAAGAUACUUCAGAUUGAUAAGAAGACCACUGAUGAUCAACCUGCCAAGUGCAAAUCAGACCUCCCAUGGUAUUUUUUAAAGAAACUGAUGAUGGUGAAUGUAACAGCCAGAAAUGUGAAAUAUACAUCAGACAGUAAAAGUGGUGUAUCAGGGAAAACUGGGUUAAAUCUAAAAAAUCUGGUUUCCAGGUUGAAGUCAGCCAAUAUGUUGAACCCCCUCGACAUAAUCACUGCUCUCUUUCUGUGCUCUGAUGGUUUUGUGCAGCAGGAAUUGGCUCUCAAAAUGUCCAUGUGUCAGUUUUCUGUGCCUCUGCUGCUUCCUGAUUGUGAUAAAAAUCAGAGCACAUUGAUGGUGCGGGCUUUGAGAGACAUUGUGAAAAAGUACAGACCCAAAUCACUCUCUGAAUCCAAAGGUUUCAUUGAAGACAGAAUCGUUGUGUCUGAACUACCAAUGAUCUCUUUUGUGAGACUGGGUGAGUGCUCUUUGUCCAAGUCAGAGAUCCUCAACAAGCUCCUGAGCAGCUCUCAGCAGUACCAUGACACCUUUGUUCACCACAACAUGGACUGUGGAGACAGUCCACGAAGAAUAUCCAAUGGACUGACUGAGAUAACUUGGUACCUUCCUUGUGGCAAUGAAAACAUUGAUAUUUUCAGCCACCCAGUGGCUUUAGCUAACCUCAGAGGAGACAUGGCCUCUUUCCAAACACAGUUCUCCUUUUUGUGUCAAACAUCUGCAGCAGUCUUUGUUUUCUUUGAUAAUCUCGACCCUGAGUGUGAACUACUGACCAACCUGAACAGCAAGUCAGAGAUAUUCUUAGUGGGAAACCACCAGAGCAGGAACUUCAGUCUAGAUGCUCUUGAACAAGUAGCAACUGAAAUGUCCUUGACAGAUGAAAACAUCAUUUUGAAGACAACAGACAUCAAUGAAGCAGACUUUGUCAAACGUCUGAGAGAAGCAGUUACUCAUGUAGUUGAGAAAACAAAGAAGAAGAUGCGAAUUGAGCAGAUGGCUGAGGUUGCCCUUAAACUGGGAAUCUUGGUGGAUGAAGACUCUCCAGAGUAUCAGUCUGGAAAGAAAAAAGCAGAUGCCAUCACUGCUGAAAUUCGGGACAUCCUGAAGUACAAAGAAGAUCAGCUGCCAUUGCAAGGCCAGAUAUGGAAAGACUUGACUUCCUUAGAGAAGGAAGAAGUUCGACUUCGAAAAGUUGGAUCUGAAAACAUUGAGAAGUACAAAAGUGACCUUCAGUUAAAGAAAAAAAAGCUGCGACAGAAACAAAACACUUCUGGCAUUUCCAAAGCAAUGACAUCCUUUAUCAGUGCAAUAUCAAGCAACACUUUAGAGAGAGGCUUUUUCCUGAAGUGGAUGCGAAUUAACCUUGAUGACAUGUCUCGUGUAAAACUGUCUGAACUGAGGGAGCAGUACAAAGACAAGUGCAAGAACUCUGAGAACAAUGAAGAGAUCAAAGAAAUUGACCAACAGAUUUCUAACAGUUCACUGGGCACUGAACACUUCUUCCGUGAAAUGGGUCAAAUCUACGAAGCUUCACUGGCUCUUGAGAAACCACAUCCAUCACAUCAGCAGUUAAACCAUCUGCCCAAACUCGGUGCACAGCUGCUACUUGAUGGAUUUCCACUGGAGCUUGUAGAUGGAGAUGCUUCCAACAUCCCUCUGAGCUGGGUCAGUGAUGUUCUCUCUCAGCUCAGUGACUUGGUGGGUUCUAAGAACAGGAUACUGGUUGUUACAGUUCUGGGAGUUCAGAGCACAGGAAAGUCCACUCUCCUCAACACCAUGUUUGGAGUGCAGUUUGCAGUCAGCAGUGGUCGAUGCACUCGUGGUGCCUUCAUGCUGCUCAUCAGAAUUGAUGAAGAGCUCCAAAAAGAGCUCAAGUGUGACUUCAUGAUGAUCAUUGACACUGAAGGCUUGAAGUCACCAGAACUCACCCAGCUGGACAACAGCUAUGAACAUGACAAUGAACUGGCAACACUUGUUGUGGGGCUGAGCGACAUCACCAUUAUCAAUAUUGCAAUGGAGAAUUCAACAGAAAUGAAGGACAUCCUCCAGAUAGUCGUGCAUGCUUUCCUCCGGAUGAAGGAAGUGGGCAAAAAGCCACAAUGUUACUUUGUUCACCAGAACGUGUCUGAUGUUUCAGCCCACGACAAGAACUUACGAGAUCGGAAGCUGCUUUUUCAACAGUUGAAUGAGAUGACCCAGGCAGCAGCCAAAAUGGAAAAGAAAGAGCAGAACAAGAGCUUCACUGAUGUGAUGGCGUAUGAUCCUGACACUGGGAACUGCUACAUUCCUGGUCUCUGGACUGGAAAUCCUCCAAUGGCACCAGUCAACACAGGCUACAGCGAGGCUGUUUAUGAGCUCAAGAAAAACAUCAUCCAGCUCCUGAGAAACAGAGAUUCACCUGUUAACAAAGUGUUGGAGUUUAAAGAGUGGAUGACAAGUCUGUGGAAUGCAGUGAAGCAUGAAAACUUUCUCUUCAGCUUCAGAAACAGCCUCGUAGCUGACGCCUACAUGAGACUCUGCACAGAAUUCAACAAAUGGGAAUGGGAGUUCAAAAAAGAAAUGUACAACUGGGUCACAAAUGCAGAAACCAAAAUUUCUAAUAUUGGGACCCUUGCUGCACAAUCAAAAAUAUCUGACUUGACACAAUUUCACAGUCAGUUAAAAACUGAAGCUGUCACAGUGAUGUCUGUCUGGGAGACAAAACUACUUGACAACGUAACUCAGUACUUCAAGCAAACAGAUGGUCAUGUCUAUCUGGUUGUUGGACACAAAGAAGAGUUUGAAAACAGUGCAAGAAGCCUUCGAAACCAAACUGAGAGGUCUGUACUUGAUCAGCUUCAAGCAGCAGUGGACAUCAAACAGGGGAUGGCAGAGAUUGACAGAAUUAAAGAAAAUCACACAAAAGAAAUUGAAAAAGCAGCAAGUGAGCUGAUUGAGAAAUGUCGAAAGAGAAACGUUCAGAUGAAUGAUGAAGAGCUGGAUGAGGAAUUCAACAAGAUGUGGAAUGAAACAGUGAGCAAACUGACUUUUAAACAACAACAUGUUACAAAUGUGUUUGAAAAUGUUUCUUGCCAUUUGCGAGUAAAUCUUGCUCACAGGGGAAGUUAUGCACAUGAAAUACUAAACAAAACAAGGCUGGAAGAUUGUGGGAAGAAGAAUUUUAAAUAUAAAGCUGCGCAAUUUUUCAACAAAAUGACAGAUACAAUUUUGAAUGUGAUCCCGGUUCAAACUCACACCAAAGCUGCACAAGAAAAUGCUGAUUGUAUCAUCAAAACUUGUGAAAAACUUGUGAAUAAUAAACAAAGUCAAAAAAGCAAUUACCACAACAAUUACAUCGAAGAGGUACUCAAGACCAUCGACCAGCAUCUGGAACAGAAUCAAGAUCUUAAGGAAGACACACACUUUGAAGUUUCUCUGAAACUGCACAUCUGUGGAUUUACAGCCAGAAAGUUUCAGAAAAUGCACGAAGAUUUCCUAGAAGAAAACGAUCCUUACAGGUGUCUAAAUAAAUACAAGGCCAAGUUUUGUUCUGAUUUCAAAGAUGUGUUUCAUAAACGGGAUCAGUGCCAGAAGAAAGCUGAAGAGUUUGUCAACAAAUGCUUGAAACCUGCUGUUGAAGACUUCAUCAAUCGUUACCUGGGUCUUUCUAUUGUGGAUGAAAUGUUAAAGAAGCAGGAAUUCAGCACACGAGUUUCUUUCCAGUACUACAUUUUACUGGAUUUGCUUUCAAGGCAAGCCUUUGAUGACUAUUUGAGCUUCACUUCCUCCUAUCAGAGCUUUGUAAAGAAGUGGAUCCUUAAAAAAAUAAAGGAACAUUUUUCAAGUUCCUCCAAAACAUCUGAGUUUGAGAAGCAACCUUCAAGUCCUUCAAGUUCCAAAAUAUCUGAGUUGGAGAAUCAACAUCUUGAGACAAAUGUCAGUCGCAUCAAUGAAGCCAUUGAAAAGGCCAAAACACAAAACAGAGGGAAUGUGCAAACCUUUGUGGAGGACAUCUGCAAAGACCUUGGUGAUAAACUGACCAUUUCCCAGGAGGCACUUGGAGCAUUUAUGAUCCUGAACAAUGCUGACCAGGACAAGUUUGCUCACUACCUCACAAUUUCUGUGAAGGAGUUGAAAAAGACCCUGACAGAGAGGUUCCACAAAACCUCCUUUGAAGACAAACUACAGUAUCUCCACAUUCAGCCUGGUGGUGAGCUUUUCAAGAGAGUGAUCGGAUGUGGCAAACAGUGUCCAUUCUGUGCUGUUCCCUGUGAGGCUGGAGGAGAAGCUCAUGCACAACACAGGGCCUCAUUACACCGACCAGACGGUCUGCGUAGAUACAGGUGGCGUAAGACAGAUAAACUUUCCACUGACAUCUGCUCAUCUUCUGUUGAAAGUGAAAAUCGUUUCCGCUGCAGUCAAACAAAGAAUGAAUGGCAUCCAUACAAAAACUACAGGGACAUAUUCCCUGACUGGGAUAUUUUUUCAGAUGGAAGUCUUGAGGCUUCAGACUACUGGAAAUACAUCAUGACCAAGUACAAUGAUGACUUUGCCAAAGAAUAUAAUGCAGAGCCUGCUGACAUUCCUGAAACUUGGAGAGAGAUCACAUCUCAGCAGGCAGAAGAAAGCCUGAAAAAGUCAUUUAAUGUCAAUGUCAAGUGAGACUUUUCAGCAACAGCUUCAUAUUUUGUAAACUAUCUUUAUCUUUUAACUCACAUGACAUAAAAUUAAUUUCAUUUACUCCUCAGAUAUUUAAUCACCAUCACUUACACUUGAGGAAAAAAAUACACACACACACACACAGACACACACAUAUAUAUAUAUAUAUAUAUAUAUAUAUAUAUAUAUAUAUAUAUAUAUAUAUAUAUAUAUAUAUAUAUAUAUAUAUAUGUGUGUGUGUGUAUCUACGGCCACUGCUGCACACGAAAGCAGUAAUGCGUGCCCAGCUUUAAUGGGUUAAAUGAGAUGUAUUUAGAUUUUCUUGCUACAAAAAGAUGUAAUAACAGAGCGACGGCAAUAUGUGCAACAUACUUCUGUGUUCUUUUGAAUUGACGUUAAGAAAAUAAAAAAGGAGAACUUUUCAUAAGUUUUUUGGUUUUUUUUUUUUUUAUAGAUAAUGUAUAUAUUUUACUAUAUUCAAAAAGAAUCGGAUAGGGACUCGGAAUUGGCAGAUACUCAAAUUGAUAGGGAUCGAACUCGGACUCGGUGGCAAAAAAACCUGAUCAGGACACAUACAUAUAAACAUGUUACUUGAAUUCACACCAAACUGGAGUCAUGUUUCUGUCCAGCACAUUGUCAAAAUCCAAAAUAUGAUCAGGUGGAACUCUAAUGUACUCCACCUGCUGAAGUAAUCAUGACUGUGUUCUGAAAAUGAAGUGUGAUGUGGAGAAAUUUGAGCAUUCAGUAGAAAUGAUCAAAAGUACAUUCGUUCAUGUAUCAUUGCUCCAUGAACAUUUAUCUCAAAGAACUCUCUAAACAUCAUGAUACUGUAUAUCAAGUAAGAGAGGUAAAACCAUCAGAGCACAGAGGUAUUUUACUUUAUCAGUUUGUCCUGAUCCAAUCGCUGUAAAUACUGUUAUGAUCACAAUAAUCAUGAAUGUUUCAUGAUUAUUUUGAUGAGAAAACAUUAAAGUUGUCCUUGUGUCACAUUUGCAAUUUUCUGUUGCAUCUAUGGUUUUAAUUGAGAGACAAACAUUACACUGGAAGAAAUCAAUUUUAACCAGGUUAAGCUAGUGACAUGUGAUCUGUUUUGUUUUUUCUUUUUUUUUUUUUGUUGAAAGUCUUAUAAAUGUUUUUUUGGUUGACUGAGCAUGUUAAAUUUCCUUUGGUAGAGUUGUGCGAUCGUCAUGUUUAAGGUCAUGUUGACUUUCCAUGCUGAGAAUUUUAAAGCUGAAUAUUUGUUGGUGUUCACUCUGAUACGACAUGCUUUAGAAAUUUAUAUUCAAGGUUCAAAAUAAAAAAAUGUUGAAAUUUGCAUCUAUAACAAAGUUUGAGUCAAUGAAAUCAUGUCAUGUUUGAUGAAAACGUUAAAUAAAUCUGAAAGUUUUUAUAGAUUUUGAAUGUUUUGAUCUUAAUUCUACAUGAUGAAAUUUUUCAAAGAUGUACAGGAUCAUGUUAAACUGUCAGAAUGAAUAAAGAGACAAGACGAGCAGACUGGCUAUGAAUGUCUUUAAUGUUUCCCAGAUCAGAAUCAGAGCAUACAGCAUACAACUUUUAAAUAGGGCUGUCAAUUGAUUAAAGUAUUUAUUCGCAAUUAUUUGAAUGAUUGUCCAUAGUUAAGUCUCGAUUAAUCACAAAUUGAUUGCACAUUUAUUAAUCUACUCUGUUUUCAAGUUCUUAAUACUAAAUACUGUAGCAACCGCGGGGGUCGCUAGGGGCGCUAGGGGCCGCUGCCCCAGUGACUGUGGACCAGGCCGCUAGGCCUUAUGGGAAAUGGGAUUGCUUCGGGCCAUUUCAGGGCCUUUUUGUGUGUGUUUUCGUGUUUAUUUGCGUUCUGUUUCAUUAUGGUUGUGUUGUGUUUAUUGUUGCCGAGCCGUGGCCGUGUUUUAAUUUGUUUUUAUUUUCAUUUUCUGUCGGACCGUGGGCCAGGGGGGGUGCUGGGGACCUGAGGCCUAUGGGCUGGUACUGGUUGUCUUGGUGUGGUGUGUUAAAUGUUCCCUUGCUUUAGUUGUUGUUACAAUAAAAGCUUGGUUGAGCAAUAGAGCAAUCUCC